GGAUGUGUGGGAACAAAAUGGAAACGGCAGGAUGUGUGCAUCGUAGACCAGAUAAGAGAGCGUGGGUCUCACUCAAGUGUAGUUAUUAUCCGCCUCAUAGUACUUGCUCAGAGAGAGAGAGAAUGGGAACUGUAAUAUCAAAUCUGUUGGGGGCAGAUGAAGGGAAUGAAUCCGAGCAUAGUGGCGUCACUAAGUUGAGCUCAUCAGCUCAGUGGCAGCUUCACUUCAACGGGAUGAAAGAUUCGAACCAGCUGCUGGUGAUUGACUUCUUCGCAAGCUGGUGUGGGCCUUGUAAGUUCAUCGAGCCCGCGUUCAGACACAUGGCUGUCAAGUUCACUGAUGUUAGCUUCGUCAAGGUGGAUGUCGAUGAGCUUCCCGAGGUGGCUAGAGAGUUCAACGUGAAUGCGAUGCCAACUUUUGUGCUGGUGAAAAAUGGUAAAGAGGUUGACAGGAUAGUUGGAACCAAACAAGCUGAACUUGAGAAUAAAGUUACCAAACACAGGGGGGGACAGUGAUCAUCAUCAAGUUAAGAAAACCCUCUUCAGUUAUAAUAAUAAAUAAGCCAUUGUGUAAAACCUAUAUAAAUAAAUGGCUUUUUGUUGAUUCCUAUUUGUCCCUUCUGUGUGAUUUGAUUAAAAAAUGGUUUGUUGAAAAAGUUUUAAACUCUGCUAUAUAAUAAUUAAGAGUGUGGUUGGUUAA